UGCGGUGGGCGGAGCUUAUGUGGAGUAAACUAUCAGCUGGGAGAGCGGAGUGGCGUUCAGUCGCGAGAGGUGCGAGCAGCAGACACGACGCUUGGGCAGCGCAACUCAGCAGAACGUACAGAGAGGGACACAAAUACUAGAGACGGAAACACUUUUUUACAGCCAUGCAAUGAACAAACAGCCAGCGCGUAACGAUCGGCGUACACGUCUGGUGAAAUCCUGGGUACCGUUGGGCAUCUCCAUCAGAAGGCACACCUGAGUAUACUCCAAAGAUCUCAUUAGUCUGUGAUGAGCAUCAUCAUCCAGCGCAGACCCGAGAAAACGCCACAUAUCCUCUAAGAGGAAGUGAUGUCACGACACCAUCACCGUUUCGAGAGGGACUAUCGAGCCCCCUGGGACCGUCGUGAACGACCAUCAGGCCUUCACAAUGGCGUGGGCAACAGCACCUGCUCCUCAGCGGCCCCGGCCAUCGCCAACGGCAACAACCGUCCAGGGCUCCUCCCGCUCCCGGUUAUCCCCUCCCUCCUGCCCACCCCCAUCACCAUCGCCGUGACGACAGCCAGCAACGACCUCGCCACCAAACGUUCCGUGCCUCCGUCUACCGCGGCGCCCGCCGUGAAGGCAUCAGGCCUUUCUCCCGGUGAGAAUCAGACUCAGAGUCUCUUGUUGGCCCCUGGGGUGAGAUGGGGCCAGACCCCUAUCAACCAGACCACACCGUGGGAAACUGAUGAGCCGCCUAACAAACAGCACAGAGAGAAUGACACCACAGGGCCCGCUUGGGUGCCGCCAGUGGUGGCAGUCAGUCAGCCCAGCCUAUUGGCUCAUUCAUAUGGGAUGCCACAGCCUGCCAUCUACAGUCAAGGAGCGUCUGUCCAGUCUCCGAUCAUUGGUGUGACCCCAGCCAUCCAGACGCCAGUCCCCCCGCACCAUCCGCUCAUGGCUGCCCAUUUUCAGCUUCCUCCCGUGUCCUCCCAGCAAGCAGGCAGCUUGGUCCUGAGCUUGCAGAACCAGUCGCACUACGUCACCAGCCAGCUGCCAAUCACUCCGUCGCCCCUAACGACUGUUGGCCAUGUAGUUCACCCCGCCCCUCAGAGUGUGGUGGGUAACGGUCACAUGACCCAUCCGCUGUUACAGCCGCCCACUCUGCCAUCCGCCGCACUGCCGCUGACCAACGGGCAGGCGACUACUCAACCGGCCUCCACAAAUCCGGAAGGUCCGAACGGUCUUCAGAUGCUCCGUACGGUCGGAAUGGGGAAGUACGAGUUCACGGACCCGAGUCAUCCGAAAGAGAUGUUGAAGGAGUUGAACCAGCAGCGCAGAGAGAAAGAAUUUACAGACCUGAAAAUAAUAGUUGAAGGCAAAGAAUUUGAAGUCCACCAAAAUGUUCUAGCUUCCUGCAGCUUGUAUUUCAAGGACCUGGUUAAAAGGUCUUCCAGAGAGACGGGCAGCGGAGAGAGGCUGGAGCUCAAGAUGACCAACAUUGAUGCAGAUGUCCUGGAACUGCUUCUGGAGUUCGUCUACACGGGCUCGCUGGUCAUCCACUCGGCCAAUGCCAAAACCCUGCUGGAGGCCGCCAACAAGUUUCAGUUCAACACCUUCUGCAAAGUCUGCGUGUCUUUCUUAGAGAAGCAGCUGACUGCGGCAAACUGCUUGGGGGUUCUGGCCAUGGCGGAGGCCAUGUGCUGCACGGAGCUACACAACAUGGCCAAGGCCUUCGCCCUGCAGAACUUUCCGGACGUGGCGGGACAAGACGAGGUCCUCAGCAUCUCCAAAGAAGACCUCGUUAACUAUCUUUCCAACGAUAGCCUGAACACCAAGGCUGAGGAGCUGGUUUAUGAAACCGUCAUCAAGUGGAUCAAGAAAGACCCAGCCAGUCGAGUACAGCAUAUAUCUGAAUUGCUGGCAAUUGUUAGACUUCCAUUCAUCCACCCCAGUUACCUGCUGAACGUGGUGGACAAUGAGGAGCUGAUUAAAUCAUCGGAGGCCUGCAGAGAUCUGGUCAACGAAGCUAAGCGCUACCACAUGCUGCCUCACGCCCGGCAGGAGAUGCAGACGCCCAGGACGCGGCCGAGACUCUCUGCAGGUGUAGCAGAGGUGAUUGUGCUGGUCGGAGGGAGGCAGGCGAUCGGUAUGAACCAGCGCUCUCUUACGGCCGUCACCUGCUUCAACCCACAGAACAGCAAGUGGUAUCCGCUGGCCAGCCUUCCGUUCUACGACCGCGAAUUCUUCAGCGUCAUUUCGGCGGGUGACAACAUUUAUCUGUCAGGUGGUACGGAGUCGGGGGUGACGAUGGCAGAUGUGUGGUGCUACAUGUCUCUUCUGGACAACUGGAAUCUGGUAUCCCGAAUGACCGUCCCUCGCUGCAGGCACAACAGUCUGGUCUAUGACGGAAAACUCUACAUGAUCGGAGGACUCGGAGUGGCUGGAAACUUGGACCAUGUGGAAAGGUACGACACCAUCACUAAUCAAUGGGAAACCGUGUCGCCGCUUCCCAAGCCUGUGUAUUCGGCGGCGGCCACCGUGUGCGGAGGGAAGAUCUUCGUGUUCGGUGGCAUAAAUGAAGCGGGACGCUCCGCCGGCGUGCUGCAGUCUUACAUCCCUCAGACCAACACCUGGAGCUUCAUCGAGUCCCCCAUGAUCGAUAACAAGUACGCUCCCGCUGUGAGCCUCAAUGGUUUUAUCUUCAUCCUGGGAGGAGCUUACGCCCGAGCCACCACUAUCUACGACCCAGACAAGGGCAACAUCAAAGCUGGCCCUAACAUGAAUCACUCCAGGCAGUUCUGCAGUGCGGUGAUCCUGGACGGGAAGAUCUAUGCAACAGGGGGGAUCGUGAGCAGCGAGGGACCGGCGCUGAGCAACAUGGAGACCUUCGACCCCUGCACCAACACGUGGACGCUACUACAGAACCUGCCGUGUCCGCUUUUCAGACACGGCUGCGUGGUUAUUAAGAAGUACAUCCAGAGUGGCUGACGACAGCUUUAUGCUGGACUUCUCCGAAGUAACGAACUGGCCUGGGUGGGUCGCGGUCGAACCGACUGGGAUCGGUAGAACAGCUUCCCACCCCAGGUGUUGUGCCAUUGGAAUGGAUUUCUAGGUCAGCCAUAUUCAGUUGUUUUGAGUUUUCCCAUAUUUUUAGUUUCAUGUCAUGACUUGGGAAUACACGAGAUGUGACGUACAGGAAACUUAAAAGUUUGUAUUGUGAAUUUUCCACAAGCAAGACGCUUAAGGAUGUUUCGACGCCGACCAUGUAGCCCGCCAGCAACGUUACAGACACGGAUGAAAUGAAGAGCCUCCAAAGCACAAACCACCAGAAUCCGUGAUUCCCAGAGGAGCCGCUUCAUCUUUUCCCUCUGUAGAUCAUUCCAGCUUGCUUUGUGCUUUUUGUCUUUGCGUUUUAUUGAAAUCCACAGACCCGCAGCAAUGGCAGAACGUAGAUCUGGAUGGAGAAACGUUGUAAUAUAGGGAAUAUAUAUGUAUAUUUUAAAAACUGAUGGAAAUUGUGUAUAAAUGUUUUUAGAAAAUUUCAAUGCAUUGGACACAAAGACACGUCUGUACCCUACCCGAAACGAUUGACAUGUUAUUAAUGCUGAAAUAAUACAUAUCCACAAUUCUAAAGAAAAUCUGGCUUUUGUUUGACCUCAACAAAUGUUGCCUAUAACAGGGGGUUUCAAACUGGGGUCCGGGGACCCACAUGGGUCCCUAGAAGAUUUCAAGAGGAAAAAAAGACAAAGCAGCACAGGUUAAAAUCUUAUUAUACAAAAUAUGGAUAUAUAUUUUAGGAAAGGGGUCUUCUGCUAAAGGUCCAUCAUAUGCGGUCAUCAUAACACUAUAAGAUCAACAUCCUGAAAGUAAAUAAGCUCCAAAAACAUAAGACAAAUUCAUUCUGCACACAUUUCAUGUACUGUUCAUGAAAAUGUUGUGGCUGGGUGCCAAACUUUGGAAAUCAGAGUUAAUGUAAACAAGUCAACAAAGAAGAAAAUUGCACUAAAAUAUGCACCAAUAUAUACUUCAUAUACAAAAAUGAGUCUUUGGGUCAUUCUACAGAAAAGGUGGAAUUUGGGUGAUGGAAAUUUGCUUAAAUGAACUUCUUUAAUAGCAUUAAUUAUCUUGUCAAAUCUAUGAAUCCGCAAAACGGGGAGCUUAAUCUAUUUUUUACUUUUUAAUACAUUUUAAUAAAGAAUCCAUGAGUCAUUUAUUUGUCAUUGGUGUUACCUGUGAUUUAAACAACAUUAAUGUUGAUACUAAAUAUUUUUUCUCAUUACAGCUUGUGUAUUUAGUUAAAGGUUGAGUAGAGGAAUGAUAACAGCAAGAAAAAUUAUUGAUUAAAUUCUUCAUCUUUA